AUGAAUCUAUUUUCUAAAACUGGGAUAAAUACUAAUAAUAUAAAUUUUUGUGAAUCAUAUUAUUCAAAAAAUGCGAAUAAAAAUAAAAACGAUGAUAUAAUUAGUAGAAUGGAUUUAUCGGAUAAUAGCGCGAUAAAAAAAUAUAAUGGAUUUGGAAGGGAUGAUAAAAAUAAUAUUAGUGAUGGUGAUAUACAAUCAGAAAAUGAAUAUUAUUCUAAUCCCAAUCUUUAUAAUUCCGUGAAAAAUUUUUAUGAUAAUUUUUCUAACAAAAAUAAGGAAGGUAUAGAAAAUACAGAAAAUAGUUAUUUCGGUUUUUUGAAUAAAAAUGAAUACAGUGGUGAUAAUUAUGAUAACUUUCCAGUCGAAGAAUAUAUAAGUAAUAUUAAAAAAAAGAGCAUGCCGAAUUUUAAGCAAUAUUUAAAGGAGCGUCUAAACGACGCAAUGAAAAAUGAUGAGGAAAAAAAUGGAAUAAAAAAGAAAAAAAUAUAUGAAAAUACGCCCAUCACAAAUAAUGAUUGCAUGGAAAAUGAUUAUUUGAAGAAUCUUAAUGGAAAUAAUACUAAUGAUGAUAUAUUUAAAUAUAAUAAUUUAAUUCAUUCUUCUAAUUUUUUGAAAUAUUUUAAUGAUACAGAAUGUCGAAAUGACCAUGGUAGUUUUGACUUAUUUGGUAUUAAUAAAACACAAACACCUUCACAACAAAUCCAUUUAUUUGAAAAUGAAAAAAAUUAUAUAGAGGAAGAUAAUGAAGCGUUAGAGAGAACGAAAAAAACAAAAAGAGGAAGGAGAAGAAAAAAUACAAAACCGACUAAAUCAAAAAAUAGAAAAAAUGAAAAUUUUAUAGAUUAUCAAAUAGCUAAAGAGACCUGGAAAAAAUCCAAUAGUAAUGAAUCUAAAUUUAUAGAUGAUGGAAUUAUUACGAAAAAAAAAAGUAUAUUAGAAGAUACAAGGGGAAAUUAUAUAUACAACGAAGACAAUGAUGAUUUAGAAUAUAACGAUAAAAAUUAUUACUAUAAAAAAUAUUUAAUAAAUAAUAUAUUUUCCAAUAUAUCAAAAAUUGCAUCGAAUAAUAAGAAUGAAGAAGUAUAUGAAGAGAAUGAUGACGGCAUAACAAAUUUUAUUUCAUCAAAAAACAUGAAUCAUAAUAAUGAAAAGGUUUCAGAAGCAUUCCCUUUUCACCAAAAUUUGAAUGCUUUACAGGAUUUUGAAAAUGGGUAUAAACAAAAUGUAGGAAGUCGUAAUGCUAGAUAUAACAAAAAUUACUAUGUUAUCAAAGAAGAAAAUAAUGCAAAUAGUAAUAGUAGUAAUACUGAAAAUAAUAUUAGUGACAAUUAUAAUAACUAUACCAACUACAAUGAUGAUUGCAAUAGUACAUCGAAAAACCCAAUGGAACGUUUCCCCAAAUUUUCAGAUGAUAAUAAAAAUGAAUAUACUAAUAUUAAAAGAUAUUAUGAGUAUAAGAAAUCUUUUGAUAAAAUAAAUGACGAUAUUUGUGUCGAUUACGAUAUCAAUAAUAUUAAACAAGCCAAUUAUGUGCAUUCUCCAAGUAUUACUACUUCUAUUUCUAAAACCAGAACAAGCAUAAAUAAUACUAGCAACGAUGAUUUGAAUAAUAAUAUGAAUAACGAAGACAUUUUAAACGGAAAAAAUAGUUAUAAUAAACAUGAAAAAACUUUAAGUAGCUAUAUAUGUGACAAACAUAUCAAUUCAAAUGAUAUAAAUAAUUUUUGUAAUAAUAAUCAUUGUUUAAAUAUAGGAACAAAUAGUAAUGAAAUAAUUGGCAAUAAAGAAAAUGUAGAAAAUUAUUAUUCAAUGAUGCAGUGUAUUUCAAAAAAAAAAAAACAGUAUACAUCAGAUAGUGAUGAUAAUUGCAAUAAUUAUUAUCUUUUAAAAACGAAAAAAAAAAAUACAGGCACAGAAAAUUGUUCAAUUAACGAUAAAUUUAUAACAAACGAUAAUAAUGAUAUUGAUAAUAAUUUUCCCAAAAAUAUACAAAUAAAUUCGUUUUAUAACAAAUUAGAUCGUGAUAAUAAUGCUCGUAAUAUAAUUAGUAAUAAACCAUAUAAUUUUUACAAUUACAUGUUUGGAAAUAGUUCUAAAAAUAUUGAUUCUGAUACCGAUAUAAGCAGUGCAAUCAAAGAUAGUAACAUUGAUAAUGCCAUCGAAAAUCAUGUAAAUAAUAAUCUCAAUAAUAAAAUAAGUAGUAAUUAUUUUCUAAGAACACAUAUACGUAAUAAAAACGGGCAAGAUAAUACCGGUAGUUAUCCACGCCACGAAAUACAACUACCCAACAAAAAUAUAACAAAAAGCAGUCGGAUUUAUGAUGCUCACUAUGAUAUUUUGAAAAAUUACAGUAAAAUUCAUAAUUGUGAUAUAAAUAUGAAACAUUAUAAUGGACUGAAUGAAAAGGUUUAUUCAUACUGUAGAGGUGAUGGUGAGACUAUCAAAAAAAACAAAAACACCCUAUAUAAAAUAUGGGAGGAAGAGGAAGAAGAGCCUCAACAAGGCGAUGAUGAAAUGGACGAAGAACAUGAAAACGGUACUGAUCAUUACAAUAAUAUGCAUAUUUCGAGUAGGCAUAACAAAUUUUUACAUAAUAGUAAUAUGCUUAGUAGAAAAGCAUCACAUAUGAAUGGCGGAAUAUUGACAUUUCCUUUUUUAAAAUAUGAAAACAUGAAUAGUAAAAUCGUGGGGAAUAAACCCAUUAGAAUCCCUAACCUUCAUAAUCUGAACAAUACACACAAACAUCACCGUUAUAAUAUAAAAAAUAAAAACCGUGAGAACAUAUAUACUAAUUAUAGUGGCAAUAAUAAUAUAAGUUCAAGCUUUUCAAACGAUGAACAAAGUUCUGAAAAAAAAAAAAAUGAAAAUAACAUUUUACAAAAUAUGGGCAUGCACAUUUUAAAAAACAAUGGCAUUAACAUUGAAGAUGAUAGUGAUGAUAAAAUUAGCAGCAAUAAUUUUGAGGGUAAUUAUCCUAGUGAGGGAGGCGAAAAUAAUUUAAUAAAAAAUUGUUUUGGUACACACUCAAAGGAUAAUUAUAUUGACAAAAAAUUACAAUUAAUAUUAGAAGAAAAAAAAACGAAUAGGGGCAUUGAAAAUCAAUUAAUUUCGAUGCCAAGUAAUAAUAUAUACAAUAUUUGGAAUAAAAAAAACGAGGGAGUAUACGAUUAUUGUAUGAAUAAUUCAGAUACCGAAAAAAAAAAAUUUAAAAAUACUCUUGAAAAUCGUAAUUAUUCGAACGAAAUCGCUAAGGCAAGGGCAUUUGAGUCCUCACCUUCCGGGGUUGCGUUAUCAUUACCGAAUGGCUGGAUAAACAGACAAAAAUUAAGUGUAAGCAAAAAAAUUGAAAUUAUCAAAAAAAAUGAAAAUAAUAACGACCGAAAAGUUAUUCACAAUUUAUCAAAUAUUGUCCCAAAUAAAUACUUUGAAUAUUUUAACAAUUCUUUUUUGCAAAAAAAUAAUAAUUUUUGUUUGCAUCAUCUAAAGUUGUUUAAUUUAAAUAAAUUGAAUGAAAAUAAAAAAUUAAAAGAACAAAAUUUAUUAAAUAUAAAUAAUAAUAACAAUAACAAUAUUAUUAAUAAUAAUUAUAAUAGCACUGGAAAUCAUAUAAACAAAAAUAUAUGUGGAAAUAAAAGGAAUACCCUCGAUAAUAGACGAAAUAAUAUCAAACACAUUAGUAGUGACGAUAAUAAUGGCGAAAGUCAAUUCAUUAAUUUAAAAAAAAAUAUAAAUAAGAUAAAUAGCGAUAAAUAUUUUAAUUUUAUUGCCAAUUUUAAAAGACCAGAAUAUGUGUGUGAUAAACAUAAAAUGAUGCUUGAAAAUUUUAAUAAAAAUGCUUUCAAUAAGCACGAACUUAAUAUGCCAGCAGAAAUAAAUCGAUACAAUCAUCCUGAUGGAUAUAUUAUGAAUGAUAAUAAAAUAUAUAAUUUGGAGUCGAAGGAGAAAUUAAUAUCAAAUCUAAGAAAUGAGAAAUAUUUUUAUAAUUAUGAUUUAAGUAAUGAAGAAUAUGAGCAAAAUGAAUAUGAAAAUGAUAUUGACGAUAGUUAUAUUGGAGGAAUGAGAAAGAGAAAUAAAAAUGAACAUUUUCAAGACCACAAUAUGUUCAACAGAACAUUUGUAUUGCCAAAAAGGAGAAUUAUACAUUCGGAUUUAGUUCAUCAUUUUAAUAAAAAUAAAUUAGAAGAAAUGCAUGAAGAAAAUAAUCAAUAUUAUAUGUACAAUACAUAUAAUUUAAAUAAAAAUAAUGGACGAAAAAAAAACAGUUUUCCAGUAGCAAAUAAUUAUAAUUUCGAUAUUAAAGAUGAAUAUAAUGGCAACAAUAUAAAACAAAUUUCAGAAAAUGACGAUAAAAUUGCUAGUAUUGGGAAUAAUAAUGAAAAUAAUAACGAAAAUAAUAAUAAAUAUUAUGAUGAUUAUUAUAAUACAGAUGAUAAUGAAGACGAUGAGUAUAAUAAUAGUUCUCUUUGCAAUAAAAAUGAGUUGGAAAAAAUAUCUCAAAUUGAAAAUAUAAUAUCUAGAAAGAUGAGAUCAAAAAAAAAUAAUGAUCCUAACAAUUGUUUGAAUGAACCAUAUGAUGAUGAUGAAAGUGAGUUAUAUAAUAAUAUUGAAUUUGAUCGAAUUAAAAUUGAUAAUAUUCUUGCUGGUACAAUAAAUUUAGAAGAUAAAAAUGAAAAUUUAAUUAAUAAUAUACUAGAAUUGGAAAGAAGGAAAUAUACAAUUAACUGUAUUAUAGAUACAUUACGAAAGGAAAGCAAAACUGAAUAUAAGAUAGAUAGCAAAACAGAGUUGAAAAAUAAAAUUAAUCCAAGCAUUUAUGAAUUAUAUUCAGAUAAAUCUAAUUAUAAUAUUUAUAAUACAAAAAUGUGCGUAAAUUAUUUUCUUGAUGAAAAAAUACAUUCGCCUGAAAAUAAAGAAUUUAUACAAAAAUUUUUUGUUGAGAAAAAUACUAAAAAUGUUUAUUUUGUACAAGUGUUUAAAAAUAAAAAUAAGGGCCGAAAGAAUAAUAAUAACAGCUCUCGUGUGAAUUUCAAAAUGGAUGAUAACAGUGAAAUUCAUAAUGAUAAUUCUGAAAACAAAAAUAUGAACAUUAACCAAGUUGACAACGAGGAAAAGACACCUGCUUUGCAGCAUUCAAACAAAAUAUUCGAAGACAACUACAAUACUUUUGUUAACAAUAAAUUGAAUGAAAAAGGUUUUAGUGCAUUUACAUCAAAUACAUGUUCUGAGGAUACAAAAAAUCCAAGUGUCGAUUUCUCAGAAAUGUUGGAUAAAAACGAAGAUGAGGAGAAAAGAGACGACAAUGAUGCAAACUGUGGCAUAGAAGAUAAUAAUGCUGAUCAAGAAAAAAUAAAAGAGAAAGUGGAAAAUGAGCGUAAGACAAAUGAAAACAAUGAUAGUAUAAAUAAAUCAGAAUAUUUUAAUUACCAAUUAGGACUAAUAAUAGAAAGAUUUUAUAAAUUUAACAAAGAUAAUAAAAAGAAGGAUAAUUGUGAAGUGGAUAAAAAAGAAACAGAAGAAGACGAAAAAAAGAAGAUGCCUCGAAAUGAAAAUGAUCAAACUUUCCUCGACGAAUAUAAAAUACAUAUUGAAAAAAAUAAAAGAAUCGAAACAAAGGAAGUAGAUCAUCUCGAAAUCAAAGAUACACAGAAAAUUCAAAUGGAUCGAGAUAGGGAUGAUAUCGAAGGAGAAAAGGUAGAAAAUAAAAAUAAUUAUGGUGAUGAAAAAAAAAAUAUAUUGAAUCAAGAAACAAUAGUGCGAAAUCUUGGAGAAGCAAACGAAUUUGAAAUGGUUCAAACUGGUAAAGAAAAAAAAAAAGAUGAAAAGUAUUAUGAGGAAAACAAUUUUUCUUUAGGAGAAAAAAUAAAUAUAAAUGCAAAAAUAGGAAAAAUAAAUGAGAUAGAUGAAAUAGAGGACAUUAGAGAAUAUAAAAGGGAACUAAAUGAAGAUAAUAUAGAAAUUGAAAAAAAUAAAUUAAAAGAUUUAUCUAUACAUCCAAAUUUAUAUGGUAUAACAAAAAAUGAAACAAAUUAUAUGCUUUUUGAGGAUGAAGGAGUUGAUGACGACGAUGAUGAUGAUGAUGAAGAAGAUGAUGAAGACGAAGAAUAUGAAGAAGAGGACGAAGAAGAGGAAGAAAAUAAAACAAUAAUAGAAGAAAUGGAUAAUAUAGAGGAAUAUAACAAAAUUUAUGAUAGCGGUCAAACUAAAAAUAAUAUUGAGCAGGGACAUGUUUUAAAAACUGAAAAUAAUACUAAUUAUGAUAAAUACAAUAUAAACGUAAUUGAUGAACAAAAUAUUAUUAAAGACACAAUGAAGAGUGAUAUCAACAAACAAAAUAUAUCAUUUUGUGAUAAAAAUAAUAUUCUUUUUAAAAAAGAUGACAAUAUUACAGAAAGAAAAGAAGAAAAUGGUGAAUUAAAAAAUAAUAUAGAUAUAAAUAUUGGUAAUUUAGAAAAAGACAAAAGACAAAUGGAAGAAUUUGUAAAUAGUUUUCAAGAAAAUCAAAAUAAAAUGAUGAACGAUUUAAAAAUUAAACCUGAAAAUGAACUUGAAAACUCUGAAAAUAGCAAUAUGAGCUAUAAAAAUAAAGAUUAUAAUAAUGAAUAUACACAUAAUUUUGAUAAAUUUGAAAAAACGAAUGAAUUAAAUAACUACAGAAAUGAAGCUAGCUUAAUGAAUUAUAAAAAUGAAGAAAAUAAUGAUGUAAAAAAUUUGAAAAAUUAUAACAAUAAUACUGAAAAUAGAAAUUUCAAAGGCAAUGGCAAUAUAUGUUAUAAUAACCAUAAUGAUGUUAAUCAAAACAAUAAAAUAAAUCAUGAAAAUAUGAACAUAGAAUUGGAUAUUAAAAACAUACUCAAUAAUGAUAAUAAUAUAUUGAAAAACAUAAACGGAAAAAAUAUAUUUAUAAAAGAUAUGGUAAAUGAAAAUAAUCAGUAUGCACAUGAUUAUUGUGAUAUUGAAGAUAAUGUAAAAUAUAAAAUGUUAGACCAAUCAAAAAAAGAUAAAAUAGAGAUAAUAAAAACCAAAAUAAAAAAAAACAAGAAAUUAACUAAAGAUGAUUUCAAAUUGUUGUCUGAAGUAUUACAUCAUAAAUUCUUAUUAAAUGAAAUAAGUGCUAUUGGUAAUUACAAAGUAAAUUAUAAAAAUUCCUAUGGUAUAUUGGAGAUUGAAGAAUAUAAAUUACAAAAAGAAAUGCAAAGUAUGAUUUGUGAUUGUUUAUCCAUUGGAUUAACAACACAUGAAAGAGAGUUUUUACAUGAGUUUCAACUUUUUAUGCCCGAUGUAAAUAUUAUGGAUGAUAAACAUAUUCUAUAUAUAUUGAGACAUUCAAAAGAUGAGCAAAAAUGCAUUUUUAUGUCCUUUUUAGAGGAAAACAAAAUUGCCUUGUAA